UCAUCCGGCCUGGGCAUAAGCUCUGUCCUGCCCCACCCCCAGGAGAGAUCUCUCCCAUAAAAGGGCCAAGCGCUUUGCUCACUUCGCUGGGUGUGAGGAGAGCAAGGGGGGGACCAUGGACUUCAUCAGCAUUCAGCAGUUGGUAAGUGGAGAAAGAGUUGACGGGAAAGCGUUGGAGUUUGGACAUGGAGUUCCCGAUCCUGGAGGCUGGCCUAGUGGCUGGAGGCUGGGACCCCAGGAGGCCGUGGCCCGGGAGAAACUGAAGGCGGAGAAAGAGAAGAAGAAGAAGAUGGAAAGAUUUAAGAGCUCCAGAUUGACUCUGGACAACCUGACAGACUUGGAAAACUUGGUUCAAAGACGAAGGGAAAAACGACUGAGACACAAAGUCCCCCCCAGGGACCCCGAGCCCGUGGCUGAGCCGCAGCCCCAGGUCCCACUGGAGCCUGUGGACCUGGAAAUGUUCCUGAAGGCAGCAGCUGAGAAUCAGGAGGCCCUGGUUGACAAGUACCUGACAGAUGGCAGGGACCCCAACGCCCAUGACAAGCUCCACCGCACAGCCUUGCACUGGGCCUGUCUGAAGGGCCACGGACAGUUGGUGAGCAAGCUGCUGGCGGCAGGAGCUGCUGUAGAAGCACGGGACUUGCUGGACAGGACACCUGUAUUCUGGGCCUGUCGUGGAGGACACUUGGAUAUCAUCAAACAGCUACUUAACCAGGGAGCUCAGGUCAAUGCACAGGACAAGAUCUGGAGCACCCCUCUUCAUGUGGCAGUGCGCAUGGGCCAUUCUGACUGCCUGGAGCACCUUAUUGAGUGUGGCGCCCAUAUCAACGCACAGGAUAAGGAAGGAGACACGGCACUCCAUGAGGCUGUGCGCUAUGGGCACCACAAAGCUACAAAGCUGCUGCUGCUCUAUGGAGCCAAGUUGGGCAUGAAGAAUAUGGCCUCCCUGACACCAGUGCAGCUGGCACGAGACUGGCAGCGGGGUAUCCGGGAAGCACUACAGGCCCACGUGGGGCACCCCCGCACCCGGUGCUGAUGACUGAGGCCUGUAGGUCAUCCAUUCAUAGCCACCAUUCCAUACCCACCCAGCCACCCAAAAUGGUUCUCUGCCUCAGUCCCAACUACUCUCAGGCUUUGCUUCCCUUGGGCCUGAGGCAGCAGGUAGAGCAAGCCUCCUCGGGGUCAGCCAGGAAGACUGUGCUCCCUGCCAGGGCUGGAACAGAGGACCACUGGGCAACCAGAAACAAAAGUGGGUCCAGAUGAAGGCCAAGGCCGGAG